UAGUCCACCAAACACAGUCACACAGAGAAUAAAUUCUCACUGUCGUCUCCAAUAACCGAAAAAGUAACCCUAACACCAUUAUUAGCUGCUUUGCAGCUUCAUCGGAACGGAAACCACCCGAUCAUCGAAUCGGAUCUCGCCAUGUCAUCAAUCUUCGGUUACUAUCCGGUCUCCGAUCACCGGACGAGUCUAAAUCCAAUCGUCCUCUGAUAUUCGAGGAUUAAAAAAUUCACCAUGGCUAACAAUAACAAACAAGAGCCGAAAACCGCUCCACAACCCGAUCAAUGGUAUACUCUAAACCUAGGCCCUUCCUUCAAAGGCGACUCCUCGAACAACAAUAAAUACUGCACUUUGCGCUAUGAAUUUAAGCCGGCGUCGAUAGAUAAAACGAAGGUGGGAUCGCUUCAUAAGAAUAAAGAGAACAGAGUAUCGGUUGAGUUUCAGAAUAAUCAAUUAGGAAAACCUAAAGUUACAUUUGAAGGGAGUAGUAGUGAAGAUUACAAAGAAAACGAUGCCGUUUUGUUUUUUGACGGCCAUUCUUUCCGUUUAGAGCGUCUUCAUCGUGCUGUUAAACAGCUUCGUCACCUCCGUAUGCCUGGUGAAUCUGCUUCUUCUGCUGCUGCAUCGGCGUCCGGUCCGGUUAUUGAGCCGCCUCGGUUGUCUCCUCCGUUUGGGAAAGGUGUAAAACCUACCCAUGUUCCCAAACACACCACAGCUUUUAGUCAUGUGCCGGUUGAGGUGGAAAGAAUUGAUGUUGCUUCUGAUUCACCAAUUCCAGGUGCAAAAGCUCCCAGUAAGGAAAUUUUUGAGCCUGCACCUAUUUUGCCAAAUUUACCGACGGCUUCUCCUAGCCAAAAGAAUGACGAGGCUGAAGAUCAUAUAGAUAUAGAGGAUAUCUUUGGUUCUAGUUCACCUUAUGAUGACGCUGAAGACAAAGGCGAUGGUGGAUUUGACAUUAAUGUACCCCAGCAAAAUGAGACGGACGAUGAGAUUGCUGAUGUGGACGAUAGUGGCGAUGAAGUAGACAACAAGGGGCCUCGCAAUGCUGCAGAAGCCCUUAGAGCCCAGGUUAAUGCAGAGGAGAAGGGCGAGCAGAGCUCAAGUUCGAGCAGCAGCAGUGGGAGUGGAAGCAGUAGCGGAAGCAGCAGCAGCAGCGACAGUGAAGGCAGUGAUGAAGAUUCGGUCAACUCUAUCUGAUAGCACCAAACAAAUUCUCAAACUUAAAGAUUUGAAGGAACCAAUUUUGAAGGUAAGCAAGAGUACCAAAUUGGUAUCUGCAAAUUAUAUCCGUCUUACAGAAAGAAUAAGGCGUCGUUCUGGUUUCAGCAUGAAGCCAUUUUUCACAAGUUAAGUCUAUUAUAUGACAUUAUGACGAAUUUCUUCGAUUUUUUAGAAUAUAAGGUCUGAACAAACCAUCAGAUGCUGCAUCUGAGUGAAGCCAUAAUUUUUCCAAAGUGGUUUUGUUUUUCAUUCUCUUGAUUGCUUGAAAUAAAUGUGCUGGUGUGUGGAAUUCGUGGACGAUCUACAUAUGUGGGCAAUAGCCAUCCUUAUAAAUUUAAACUUAAUAGUAUAAUUUUUUCGGUGUUAGUUUUUUAAUUUUGUCUACUUUUCUUGUAUAUCUUUAUAAUAUUAUAAUUAAAAAUUUGUUCAUCUUAUGAACAUUUAGAUUC